GGAAUAGCAAUGGGAUUCAUUGCUCAGCUGCUCGGGAUACAUCCACAUCUUCAGGAGAAAGUGUAUCAAGAAAUCAGUGAAGUUUUUCCCCCGGCUAGUAAAUUGCACUUCGCUUCUGAUAAUUUGAGACAAUUGCAAUACACGGAAAUGUUCAUCAAAGAAAGCCUCCGCCAUUUUCCUAUAGUCCCAAUUAUUCUGCGACAAACAACGAGCGACAUCGAGCUGGACGGAAUGCUGAUACCGACUGGUACAUCGUUUGCUUUAAAUAUUUAUAAUUUGCAUCGCCGGGAAGAUGUCUGGGGCCCUAAUGCGAAACAAUUUGAUCCGGAAAAUUUUAGUGAAGAAAAUAUAAACAAGCGUCAUCCGUUCGCUUUUCUUCCUUUCAGUGGCGGUAAUCGUAGCUGCAUAGGUCAUCGAUAUGCCAUGAUGAGUCUCAAGAUAAUGGUUGUGCAUUUGUUAAAAAGCUUUAAACUUAAAAGUAACGUUAGUCUCAUGGAUCUGAAAUUAAAAAUUGAUUCUGUGCUAAAGUUUUCUAACGAACCGGGAUUAAUUUUGAGACGUCGCAAAUCACUACCAAUCAAAUAACUCAAGUGCAAUGUGUAUGUGUACCCAAAAGUAUAAAAAUAAAACAUAUUAAUGAAUUUCAAUUAUUUAUUACAGUAAAAGUUCGCAAUCGAAAUAAGCAUUGAACUGCGAAACAAAACAGGCAAUCCUCAGUUGAGCCCAUUAGCACAAGGUUAAUUUACUCGCUAUGACAAGCACAAUCACAGAACUA